GUCAGGUGUACCAUUUCUCUUGUUGAGACUACUCUGCUGACUCUUGACGAACUCUGUUUGGUAUCUGGAGCAGUCUCUUGAUGGAUUCUGUGUGGUAUUUUGUGUUGAGUCUUGCACCACUUCCGUCUGUUGAGACUGCUCCGCUGACUCUUGAAGAAUUCUGUGUGGAAUCUUGCGUUAAGUCUUGCACUUUCACCUUCCUCCCCUCCUUCUGCCCUUCCUCCUUCUCAGGACCGUUAGUCUGGAUCUAUUUACAGUUUCUCUUCUUCUCCAGAGACUGCCGUUGUUUGCUUGUAAGAGCCCGAUGAAUGCGAGUGCAGAGACAUCAUGAAUAAAGAAACUUUGACCGGCUUGAUCGACCUCACUUCAAAUCAACCAAUGAUGACAGACUUC